GCAGUGUUCAAGGGCAGCCUUAAUUAUAAACGUGUUCAAAAACAUAUGAAAGGUUCUAAAACAUGUCAAAUUCGAAUUCAAAAUUUCUUCAUAUAGAUAACACACUGUACACGUAUAAACGUCUAUUUACCAAAGUUUUUCGGGCAUAGAGAAAACUAAGACAGAAUAACUUUGCUGAUUAUCGCACAAUUAUUAUAUAAAAAACAUACUGUUUUUGAUACUAGCAGAUUUUAUUGUUGUUCCUUUAUGUGCGCUUGUGUCGUGGGUUCCCAGAUCAGUCAUAGCGAUAGGUACUUCCAGUAGUUUAGUGUGUAACUAAAACGCCCAACUAUGUUCCGUCUUAUUUAUUCUAAUUAAUGUUCUAAAACAAUUUAUAGGCGUAAAAACUAAAAUAUACAUAUAUGUGUAAAAAAAAUUGGUAUUAUACUUAUGAUAUAGUAACAUUUAAAGCCUCAAAAAUGUCGUUAAAAGUAGGAAGGGAAUUUAAGCCGAGUGAAACGAGACGUAUAGUGAAGAAUGUGGUCAUCAUCAGUUUGGCGUUUAUGGUGCACUUCACGGCAUAUAGUGGUGCUGCAAAUCUCCAAAGCUCCAUCAACGCCGAGGAGGGUCUUGGUAUGAGUUCGCUGGCGGCUGUCUACGCGGGGCUCAUUUUAUCCAAUAUAUUCCUGCCAACGGCCGUAAUAAAGUGGUUAGGCACAAAAUGGGCGAUAUCUCUCUCGUUUGUGACCUAUAUGCCGUUUAUAGCUGCACAAUUAUGGCCGUCAUUCUACACAAUGAUACCAGCAGGGCUGUGUGUCGGUCUUGGAGGCGGACCCCUUUGGUGUGCGAAGUGUAGCUAUUUAACUGUGGUAUCUGAGGUUCAUAGCAAGUUAUCAAAUAUAAAAGCAGAAGCAUUGUUGACGCGAUUCCUUGGUCUAUUCUUCAUGAUAUUCCAGUUUGAACAAGUUUGGGGAAAUCUUAUAUCGUCGCUUGUGUUGUCUUCGGGCGACAAUCACGCUGCUGUGACCGCGAUCAACGCGACCAUGAUCCCAGAAAUCUGUGGAGCGAACUUCUUGCCCAGCGCUGAUGCUGCAGAGGCCUUACAGCGGCAGCCUUAUGAGAAAAUUCAGCUCUUAUCAGGCAUAUAUCUGGCGUUUAUGGUGACUGCAGCCCUAAUUGUUGCAAUUGGGGUAGACUCUAUGAAGAGAUACGACACUGGUCGUGCUAUCAAAGUAAUGGGAGGUGUUGAAAUGCUCAUGGCGACCCUCAAGCUAUUAGUGGAGCCCAAGCAGAUUAUGCUGAUAACCAUCAUGGUCUUCAUCGGAUUAGAGCAGGCUUUCUUCGGAGCUGAUUUUACAGUGUCAUUCGUGUCAUGCGCAGUCGGCACUGGAACAGUUGGCUAUGUGAUGCUGGCCUUUGGUAUUGCUGAUGCUAUUGGAUGCUUUGUUACUGGAUAUAUAGCUAAGAUAACAGGGCGGAUACCUCUGGUCUGCGCAGCUACUGUGCUAAAUAUGGGUCUUGUGGCCACAAUACUGCUUUGGAAGCCUCAAGCAAAUAUGAGCUAUGUGAUGUACAUAAUCGCUGUGCUAUGGGGACUCUGUGAUUCCGUCUGGAUUGUCCAGAUUAAUGCAUUCUUUGGCAUCAUUUUCCCCGGAAGAGAAGAAGCUGCAUUUUCAAACUUCCGCCUCUGGGAAUCUGUUGGCUAUAUCAUAGCCUACGUGAUUUCGUCCCAUCUUCGUACGAGUUCCAAAGCCUAUCUCCUCGGAAUCACAAUGCUCGUCGGUGUUUUUCUGUACUUCAUAGUGGAAUUCCAAGUGAAGAAGGAAAGAGAAGAGAAGGAGACCAAAGAGCCUGAGAAUGAUUUAGAUAAUGAGGCUUCAUUAUUGGAGUAUGAGAAAGAUCUCUAGUGAAGGUGUUUGUUUAAUAAUUAUUGGCCAGAUGUGUUGAAUUUAUCUAUAUGUGCAAAUAUUAACUUUAUUUUAUUUUAUAUACGUUGUUUUCUAUAAUCUAUAAUAUGCAUUCCAUUGUCAAUUGUUUUUGCAAACUUUAUUCGUUGUUCAACCUUCUUAAUAUACUCUGUGGCUGAUCGUUCUAUUGUAUAUAAACCGUUGUAACCUAGAUCCAGAGUAAUAGGAAAAUAAAAACAUUUUUUCAUGAAUUAUUUCGAUGACUUCGUAAUUUUUUUGAAUAUUCUAAAUUUGACGUAAUAUAUACCUUGUCUUGCCAUUAAUACUGAAUCGAAGAAAAAAAUUUCGUCCAUUGCAUAUAAUUUAUUACUUUUACAGUGUAUUAGUUUAAUACAUAAAUAUGAAACAAUUUAUGAAAUAUGAAAAUCUUAUUCCAAGUGGCCUCCAUUGGCUGCAUUACAGUCCUUUAAAUAUUGAGACCAGAAGCAUGCACUCUUUCCAUGGGAAAAUUCUUCACUGAUUUAGGGACUCCAAGUCGUACUCUCUAAAACUGACCAUAAAUCAUAAUCCAGCGCAUUAAGAUCGGGACUAGACUACAGCUAGUAUUCAAUUCUGAUGAAGUCCGAAACGUUUGUUGGAAGGACCUUGUCUUGCUGGAAGGACCAUUCUUGGUUAUUGAACAUGGUGUCAGGUCCCUUAACAACAUACAACUGUGCCGAUGUUUUGAUACCUUUUUCACAAAAGUAUGGCUCAGUCACUCCUUCAUAGCAAAAACCCCACCAAACCAUCACUGAAAUCGGAUAGUGCCCACGUUGGACUCUGUCGACUAAUUGAGAAGCUUUCUUAGAGAUUUGAGCAAAAAUACGGUCACUCUGUUAAAAUGUUGCUCAAUUGUAAAAGUUUUCUCAUCCGUAUACAAAAUUCUUCUGUGAUCUCCUUUGCGUACCGCUUCAGUUGUCGAUUUUACCACCCUAUCCUUUUUUAAAUUCUCAGUUAAGAAAUGACCAGUGCGUCUCUUAUAGGCUACAAGUCCUAAGUCAUCUUUUAACAUAUGCAACAUUGUUUUUUGCGCUAUCUUCAUCUCCCGAGAUAAAAUCUUUUGCUUUCGGACAGGAUUUCUUCGAAUUCUUUCCCUUACUGCUUUGACCACUCUUUUCGUACGAACACUACGUGGACGGCCAGAUCUUUUUCUGUCACAAACAGAGGAGGUCUCGUUGCACCUAGUAAUAGCCCGGUACACAAAAAUUUAGUAAUACCAAGCGAGUUUUAUUUUGUGUAAUGCAAUCACAGCGAUUCUCUUUAUCACACCACUUCAUUUUUAUAUCGCAAAAUAUUGUACAAUAUUGUACAAUUGAAUACUUAAUGAACAAUCAUAUACUUAAUGUAUACGAAAUACUUAAUGACGCAGAUCUAUGUACUAUAAAAUAAGACAUAACAUGACGAGGUUUUUUGCUUAAUAAAUAAGUAGAUGCUCAGCCUGCAACCUUCUGUGCCUGUGACGAUUUUUAGGUCAGUUACUGUACAGUAUAGUUAUUGUAUAUUGUGCGUACGUACAUGUGCCGUGAUCCGUUAAUACAUCAAUCAAGGCACUAGGCUAAC